CUCAUGUCGACGAUGGAAGAGAGAGGAACAGAGGAUUACACAGAGGAUGGUACAGUGGACCUCAAAGGAAGACCUGUCCUAAGAUCAUCCACAGGCAAAUGGAAAGCUUGUUACUUCAUUGUUGGGUACGAAGUAUUCGAGAGGAUGGCGUAUUACGGGAUAGCAUCAAACUUAGUAAUAUACUUAACAGACAAGCUCCACGAAGGCACGGUGACAUCAUCAAACAAUGUCACAAACUGGAUAGGCACUGUUUGGAUGACGCCCCUUUUAGGUGCCUACAUCGCCGACACUUACCUAGGUCGAUACCGCACUUUCAUCAUAGCAUCGGCUGUUUACCUUACGGGAAUGGUGUUACUAACACUAGCAGUUUCAUUACCAAACCUAAGACCCCCUUCAUGUGGUCAGCUAAAACAAGAACAAGAUAAUUGCCACAAGAGGGCCUCAACUUUUCAAAUAUCCAUUUUCUACACCGCUCUAUACAUAAUAGCAAUAGGAACCGGCGGAACAAAGCCCAACAUCUCCACCAUGGGAGCCGACCAAUUUGACGAUUUUGACCCUAAAGAGAAGUUCCGGAAACUAUCGUUCUUCAACUGGUGGAUGUUCAGCAUAUUCCUCGGAACACUAUUCUCCAACACUUUUCUCGUGUAUAUUCAAGAUAACGUGGGAUGGACCGUUGGCUAUGCUCUGCCAACACUUGGGCUAGCGGUUUCGAUAGUGGUCUUUGUUCUGGGCUCGCGGUAUUACAGGCAUAAGCCCGUUUCUGUGAGCCCGUUGGUGAGGAUGGCCCGGGUGGUGGUGGCUGCUGUGAGGAAGUGGAGGGUGGUUGUGCCGGUUGAUCCGAAAGAGUUGCAUGAGCUCAGCUUAGAGGAGUAUUCAAGGUGUGGAGGGUUUAGGGUUGAUCACUCCUCUUCUAUCAGAAUCCUCGACAAAGCAGCAGUGAAAAGCGGAGCAGAUUCACUGUGGACCCUAUGCACAAUCACACAAGUCGAACAGACAAAGCAAAUGAUAAAAAUGAUACCGAUACUAGCAUCAACUUUCAUACCCAGCACCAUGAUCGCCCAAACCCACACACUCUUCAUCAAGCAAGGCACCACCCUCGAGAGGGGCAUCGGCCCCCACUUCCAGAUCCCGCCAGCCUGUCUAACAGCCUUCGUCACAAUCUUCAUGCUCCUCACCCUCGUCCUCCACGACCGCUUCCUCGUUCCGUUCUUGCGGAAGUACACAAAUAACCCCAGGGGUAUUACCUUAUUACAGAGGAUGGGCGUCGGCUUUGCACUCCAUGUCAUCAUCAUGACGUCAGCAUGCUUUGCCGAGAGGAGGCGGCUUAGCGUCGCACGAGAAAAUGGGGUUUUCAAGAAGGGAGAAACUGUGCCUCUCUCAAUCUUUAUCCUUCUCCCACAGUUUGCUCUGAUGGGAGUUGCGGAUAACUUUGCUGAGGUGGCGAAAAUCGAGUUUUUUUACGAUCAAGCCCCUGAGGGAAUGAAAAGCCUCGGAACUGCUUAUUACACGACUAGCUUUGGAGUUGGGUAUUUCUUGAGCAGUUUCCUGCUUUCAACUGUGGCUGAGGUUACUAAGAGAAACGGGAGAGGGUGGAUAUUGGACAACCUGAAUAAGUCCCGUUUGGACUAUUAUUACGCGUUUUAUGCUGUUCUGAGCUUUGUGAACUUUCUCUUCUUUAUUUUUGUAGCCAAGAUGUUUGUUUAUAAUACUGAGAAGAAGGGUGCUGAAACGGAGCUACAACUGAAGGAGGAGGUUUCAGACAAGAGCUCUAUGCAUGACUAAGCCAGAACAUAAGCUCUCCUUAAUAUGUACUUAUGACACAA